AUGGCAUGGCGUCUACUUUGUCUCUGGCUUACUGGUUGUAAACGCGUCGUUGUUGAUACCCCCUUAUUGAUCGAGGCGGGUCUAUACAAAUGGUGUGCCGAGGUUGUUAUUGUUUGGUGCGAUGAUAAGCAGCAACUUAAGCGCAUGCUGCUUCGUGACCAAGCCAAAGGCCUGACGAUGGACGACGCCAAAGCUCGUCUGAACGCGCAAAUGCCGCUAGCGAAAAAGAUUCCGUUCGCUGACGUGGUCAUUGACAAUUCCAUCGAUGCAGCCGAGUCGUCGCCACCCCGACUGCGGGCGGAAGUAGCCCGUGUGAUUUCGCGAUGGCGCCGUGAGUCGCGUCGACCGAUGUUUGUGUUGUUGUGGCUUCUGUGCUGGCUCGUCCCACCCGUGGGCUUACUGUGGGGUCUAUUUGUCACAUGGCUACGUGCACGAAAGCAAGCUAAACGUACAUAA